UUACCGCGACUGGAUCGCUCACGAUUUUCAUGAGCGACUCAUGGAUAGUUCUCAAUUGAGCUGGCUUCGUGAAAAAUUAUAAAUCACUUUUAAAUCUCGGCGAAAAUUCAUUCCGCCAAUAUUCAGCCACUGAACCAACUGCAAGAUACUCAUUAUGCCCCUUUAGUCUUAUACCGAUCCUCGAAAUCGUUACAGUUUUCAUCUUGAAAGAGAGAGAAAAAAAUUGGAAGCUGCGCGACGAACUUUUUGCUUCGUUACAAACCGUAUACCCUGUGUACCAGUUUAAUUAGUGGCAACUUACCAAAACGUUCUGUUAAAAACAGACCUUCGUUAUUUGAUUCUCGUAAUUCGUUUGUUCGCAAAAAUUAAAUACAGUUUAGCAAACGACUGAGAACCACGUAACUGUAUACGCGUGGCGAGGCAUUUAAAAAAAAAAUAAAUAAAAGAUUACGAUCGCACUCGAUAAUAUGAUACGGUGGGGAAGCUUCGAAUCCGACAUCUCGGAUACUGCCGAUACAAAUGAGUUAGGGGCCACAGAGGGCCCCGAAUCCUUCAUAAUGGACACCGUGGACAGCGUGAGUAAACGGCAGGCUACGCGUGUCUUCAAAAAGUCCAGUCCCAAUGGCAAGAUCACGGUUUACCUUGGAAAACGAGAUUUCGUCGAUCACAUCACUCACGUGGAUCCGAUCGACGGGGUAGUCCUCAUAGAUCCGGAUUACGUAAAGGAUCGCAAAGUCUUCGGCCACGUGUUGGCGGCCUUCAGAUACGGCAGGGAGGAUCUAGACGUACUGGGACUCACGUUUAGGAAAGAUCUAUACCUGGCAGCGGAACAAAUUUAUCCAGCGAUACCCGGUUCGCAGCCACCCAGGACACUGACGCGUCUCCAGGAAAGACUGGUCAAGAAAUUGGGCCGCAAUGCGUUUCCGUUUUACUUCGAACUUCCGCCUCAUUGUCCGGCGUCGGUCACGCUGCAGCCGGCGCCCGGCGAUACCGGCAAGCCGUGCGGCGUCGAUUACGAAUUGAAAGCGUUCGUAGGUGAGACGCAGGACGACAAACCUCACAAACGAAACUCGGUAAGGCUGGCCAUCAGAAAAAUAAUGUACGCUCCGUCGAAGCAGGGCGAACAACCCUCCGUCGAAGUUAGCAAGGAAUUCAUGAUGUCACCGAACAAGCUCCACCUCGAAGCAUCCCUCGACAAGGAGCUUUAUCAUCACGGGGAGAAUAUAGCCGUAAACGUGCACAUAGCGAACAACAGUAACAGGACAGUUAAAAAGAUAAAGGUGUCCGUUCGUCAGUUUGCCGAUAUAUGUCUCUUUUCGACGGCGCAAUACAAGUGCACCGUCGCCGAGGCAGAGAGCGAUAUAGGGGUAGCGCCGGGAUUCACCCUGAGCAAGGUCUUUUCUCUAAGGCCGACGCUUGCCGACAACAAGGACAAGCGGGGCCUUGCUCUAGAUGGCCAACUUAAGCACGAGGACACCAAUCUCGCAUCUAGCACCAUGGAGGGAUGCCCAGUGGGGCCAGGUUUCACGCUGAGCAAAGUGUUUUGGCUGACACCGCUUCUCGCCAACAACAAAGAUAAAUGGGGGCUUGCCCUCGACGGCCAGCUCAAACACGAGGACACCAAUUUGGCGUCCAGCACGCUUGUGGCGGACCCGUCGCAACGUGAGAAUCUUGGGAUCAUCGUGCAGUACAAGGUUAAAGUGAAACUUUGCCUGGGAGCCCUUGGCGGGGAGCUCGUUGCGGAAUUGCCGUUUAUACUGAUGCAUCCAAAACCGGAAGAGGAACCGCCGAUGCCAUCGACGGCACGACCAAGUCCGACGCAUCAGGCCAAUGAUGGUGAAAUACCACUCGACACAAAUCUCAUCCAAUGGGAUACGGAGGCAGACACCGGUGACGACGACAUAAUCUUCGAAGAUUUCGCACGGCUCAGGCUCAAGGGAGAGACGGAUGCCUGACCGUGUUCCUACAAAGACAACGAGGUGUACAAAAAAACGUCCAAAGCUCCAAGAUGCUACAUUAGCGAUUAACACGCUCUCUUUCACUCACUCAUUCAUUUUCUCUCUCUUUCUCUAUGUCCUUUCCUUUUAUUUUACCGUCAGUCCCUGAUCCAUUUCAGUUCUUCGUCUUCUUCUACGUCACUUUCAUCCGUACACUGGCCGACGACGAUAUCGCCGUAACGUCUGUCAAGCAUACUUCAAUCAAUGCCUGCUUUUAAGGAACGUCUCAGCGUUGGACCUUGCAUCACCGUAAACUGGAGCAUCGUUAAGAAUUCUACAAGGAGUCGCACUAAUUGGAACAAAACAUCUAAUAAACGGAGAAGCAAAAGUUCUUGUUGGCCUCGUACAAAAAUCUAGGUUACUUAGCGUUAUUAUAAUUUUGCGAAUUAACAAGGGCAAAUGCCUCUCCUCGGACCGUGAAAACUUCUUCGUUGCUUAGCGUGGCACGUUCAUCGUUUGACGAAAUAUCAUGGGAAUUACGUCUUCUGGAAAUAGAGAGCCGCACGAUAACGUAAAGCCUGUAUAAGCUUUAUGGAGCAUUGAAAUUGCCAGCCUGUUUGUCGUCUGCUUAUCCUGAACGUAUCUACAGUCUUGUUAUUCACUAAUAAACCGAUUGGAAAUGUAUGGAUGAUAUCGUAGCCUUGAGCAAAUUCGACUGUUAAUGGCGAUAAGCUGAUUGAAAUUCAUCUCUGCGAUUGAUGAAUAUCAGACUGAGUACAACUGCUCUGGAGGGUGGGCGUGGAUCGAUUGGAAGUGAAAUAUCUUGAUAAAUAAGUAUAUCGAGUGUUAUAUAUUUAUACGAAUGGUAUCGAUGAGGUAAAGAGGGAAGGAAGACUGAUGAUAUCUUCGAUACAAUAUGCGAAUGAGCUACGAAAGUAUUUGACCCCUUGCACUAUUGGGAACCUCGGGAAAAGUCAGGCCAAACGUGGCUGCCUCGAUUGUCGUGGUGGAAGGCGAGCGGUGGAGCGGGCGUGCCGAAAUUGAGACCUAUUCUUACGACCGAGCGCAAGGUAGUCGUGCCCGUAUUUACUUCACGCGAUGGAACUCUUGUCAAAUUCAAAUGAAUUUGAAUCAGACUUUUAAAAAAUACUUUAAUUAGUACAUAAGAUGAAAACAAAUUCUGAUUAAUUAUUAUAAUAUAAUUUGGUCCAAAACUAAGACCACGAGUCAGACUCGUGAUAUUCAUGUUCGACCUGAAAUGUCGAGUACGAGUCAAGCUCGUGGUAUUCAUGUUUGAUCUGGAACUGAACAACGAGCCCGACUCGUGACAUCCAUGUUUGGCCUAAAAUUUUCAUCACGAGUCAGACUCGUCAAAAUAGUGCAAGGGAUAAACAAUGCUACCUGAACUCCGUUGAUAUAUUAUUGUGAACGUCCGGUUGGUUUUCCUCAAAGAUUUCGUAUCCGUCGUGAGAUUAUCAUUUUUCAGACUUUUUACCGCUUCAUUAUAGUCAUUGAUAUUAAAAAUAAUGAAUCUCAUCGUAUUUGGUAUGACGUUUCAACGAAUUUAAUUUUUGAAGCUUAUCGAUACUGCGAAACCGAUGAGAACAAAUGACUCUUACACAAUGCUGCGUGGUAACUUGGAAUAUAAGAGGGUACAUAUUUUUAAGAGAUUCGUAAAAUCUACCUUGUUAUACCGCAAUGCCAUAAAUACCAAAGUCAUUAGAGUUCCGUAAUACCGAAAUAUGUAUGCGUAUUCAAGCAAAAAUAUUGAACUUGACGUUAAAUUCGACGAUGGACCAAGAGGAUUUGUAUUGCGAUUAAUUUUUAUUUUUAAUGGUGUCAUUGAUCUUUAAAUCCUAUGAAACACAUAUUACAUAUUCAAAUUGUUUACCAGCUGGCGAGACUCGUUUUAGCAUAGAACUUUGUUUCUGACUUCAUGACUCAAUUCAUAAUGUCAUACGUUUCCUUUAUUUCGUUCAUUUCCUAUUUUCGUUUUUAAUUGUUAUUCUUCUCUAAUCGAACCGUUGUCCUCGACCGUAAUGUAUAUUUAUUUAUUUCGUUUAACGACUCGGUGAUUCGAAAUUUGAUAAACGUUGCAUUUCAACAGUAUCAUAUGUAAUGAUAUGUAUAUGCAGUUAAUUAAGCGUACGCGCAGACUGAACGAGGAUUCUUGAGAGAAGGAAGAAGAAAAAAAGAAGAAAAAGGAAAAUGAUAAAAAAUCAGGAAGAAAUAAAGUACGCCGUGUAUUUUUAUAUUUUUUUAAAUUUUAAUAACUCCGCUACAGAUAAUUGUCUUUUUACUCUGUCCGUACGAUGAGCGAAUUUUUCUUGUAAUCGUCAAGCUUUGCAAAUUGUAUUUAAAAUUACUUAUGACUUUUACGUAUAUGUACUCGUAUUCAUUGUCAUUAUAUACGUACGUUCUAUUUAAUGGCUCGUACACCAUAUCAGUACUCUGAUAAUUACGCAUCUGUGUCAUAUGAUGUUGAUCAUUCAUUGUGUCCAAGAAAACAAAAGUAACUCGAUAUCCAAAAAGCAUAGUUCAAAAUCACAGUGUACGUUAUUAUUACGAAGUAUCGUAAUUUUUUAUCCGAUAUUUUGACCUUGUCCGACGAAUGGUUGGAUACAUUAAUUUUACGUAGAGAGACAAGUCUACUAUGUACUUUCUUAUAAUUAAAACAAAAAUGUUAAGCCAAUACAUACAAUAGAUGUAAUAAUACUCGCCGAUAACGCAUCAUCUCUGUAGUAGUCAUUUACUAUUCACGAAACUUACUAUUCGUGAAUGACAAUUGAUUGUAAAUCCUCUGGUCAAUAAUUAAUAACAAUACAAUAUGAUAUGACUAAAUGGCGUAUAUGUAAGACGGAUAAACGACUUCGUCGGAACCUUUGAUUAAAAAGGAUUCUCAUGUAAUAUACUCGGUGUUCUAGAAAAAUGCAACCAUUCCAAUCGUACAAGUCUCACUAAAAUGCCAUUGGAUAUAUAUGAUAUACAAUUACAAUAUCAUGAGAUAUUUUCAAUUAAUUUUUCAUGUAAAUGAGAUUCUUUCUUAAGCUCGAGCUUGAGGAAUUUCUCGUAUGCGCGAUAAUGCGAUAUCAUACAUCUUAUACCAUGUUAUACGAUAUAACACAGAAUACACAGUAUUUUAUGUUGGCUCCGAUACCAAGUGGAAUCACAGUAAUUAAUGAAAUUUAAAAGAAAGACCAUAGCCUAAUAUCGCAAUGCCAAAGUAAAGUAUUUCGCUUUAAAUUGAGGUGUAACCGGAUAGAUUUUGGAAACAUUAGCCUACUUGCCGUUCCAUUUCUACUCUCUCUCUUUCUUUCUCAUUUUCACUUUACUUUAUACUUCAUUCCUCGUCUGUCUUUUUCACAGUUUACGUCUUUAAUCGCAACGACGAACGGUAUUCAGAAAGUAUAGAGAGUGGAAAGAAAAAAAAAAUUAUGAAACAAAAACAUUACUUGUACAUGUCGAAUUAAUAUUCAAAGAAUCCUGCGUAUAAAUAUAAUUGAGUGUAUGUGUGCCUGUGAGUAUGUAUCUGUUAAGUGAGCAUGUACGCGCGCGCGCGUUUAUAUGUAUAUCCUACACAAGAACUCGCUGUGAAAAUAGGGGCAAAAGAGAUUUUUCUAUUUCUUCUCUGAAAUCAUGAGCACACAACGUUAUUUUAUUACUGAUAACAGAAUUUCAUAUACACACUGUAUAUAUGACGAAGGGGUCGAUCACUUUCAUGCAUUGUUUACUUUGCCAGUCGCAUUUAGACGACGAGUGAAAAUAAAAUCAGCCCUUUGAUAAUUAUGGCACGAGGAUUAAUUAAACUGAUAAGCUCAGUCGCUUUGUUCACGCGAAAGUGAUCAUGCAACAAUGGUGGCCCAUAAGUAUUAAACACCCUGCACAUAAGCGCGCGUGCGCUCGUAUAAUAUUGAAUGUGCAUAUGUGUAAUUAUAAUACACAAAUAGUAGUAUAGUGUCGCGAAUAAAUAUCGCCAUUAAUGGAAAUGUCAAUAAUAAAAGAAUUUGCGAAAUAACUAGUUCGACGAGGAUUCGAAAUAUGUAUCAAUAAAAUGCAGGGAAAUGCAAAGGAGGAGGAACGCGUUAAAGUCACGCGAAACUAUCUAUGUAUAACUAUCGUUACGUGUAAAUUGCAUUUAAAUAUUUAAUUUAUUAAUCUCGAGUGUUAAUUAAGUGAAUAUAAAAGUCGUACUGUUCAUAAUCAUUUGUUAACGUCGAGUCUUUAUUUGUACGAGAUUAAGUAAGUGUCAAUAAGAAAAGAAAGAAAAAAAAACGAGAAAAUGGAGCAUAUUUACGUGUAUAAAAUGAAUAGAUAGUUAACGAUGAAAUAUAUAAUAUAUUAUAUUGUACAUGUAAAAA